UGGAUCAACUGCAAAUAGGCCCAUCUUCAAAAUCUCAUCUGCCAUUAUGAACUAAAAACAGAAAAACGAGACGAAACCCGAACUACCCAAGUAUCCAUAACCGACGAAAGACCCAAACCCAUGAAUCAAAAUUCUAAAACUUCCAUCCAAACCCUAACCACCAGCACGUGCGGCGACAGCCUCGUUUCCGAUAGCAGGCACGUGCGGACCUCAAAACAGCAGGCAGCAGACACAUUAUCGUAAGGGUGGGAAUUAGAAAAAAAAAAAAGAAAAAAAAGAAAAAAAACACAGAAACAGAAAACAGAAAUUACAGCCAAAAAUUAAAAAAAAAGGAAAAAAGAAGGUUUCCUGAGAAAACCCUAACACAGGGUCCUUAUUGUCUCCCUUCUUACUGAUAAAUCUUUUAAUUUGUUUUUGGUUUCAUUUCAGUCUUUAUUUUAAGAGUAACGAGAUUUGAGGAAGCUUUCUUGAUAAGAAUGCUGAUAAAUUUGCUGUCAGGAUACGAUAAAGUUGCAGUUUGGGGAGCGCUGAUAAAGAGUUUAUACACUAGCAAAGUGAACCUUUUGAAGAAGUGGCAGACUUUAUUUACAUUAUUUCUUCCUUGUUUUUGAAACUAUAGGCGCAGACUGCAGGGUGGUUCACCUUUCAGGUAUUCACAGGGUUGUUCAUCCUUCAGGCAUUCUUAAUAAGUUCUAUAGUUAUCGUGAGAUGUCAGAAGGCAGUAUGGCUGUAGUGAAACCUGAGGUACUUUCAGUCGUCUAAUGAUGAAAUCUUACAUUUGGCUCCAAACUGCUGAUGGUUCAAUCCAACAAGUAGAAGAAGAGGUUGCCAUGUUUUGCCCCAUGAUAUGCCGGGAAAUUCUUCAAACGGGCAUGGGAUCUUCCAAGAACUAUGCUAUAUCACUUCCUCAACGGGUGAAUCCUGCAAUUUUGGGUUUAAUACUUGAUUAUUGUCGGUUUCAUCAAGUACCAGGUCGCUCUAAUAAGGAGCGGAAAACUUUUGAUGAAAAAUUUAUUCGCAUGGAUACAAAAAGAUUAUGUGAGUUGACAUCUGCUGCUGAUAGCCUCCAAUUAAAACCUUUGGUCGAUCUUACGAGUCGCGCACUUGCUCGAAUUAUUGAAGGGAAAACUCCUGAGGAGAUACGUGAGACUUUUCAUUUACCUGACGAUCUCACAGAGGAAGAGAAAUUGGAGCCCCUUAGAAACGUAACUGACGAUCCACGGAUCCGGCUUCUAAAUCGCUUAUAUGCUAGAAAGAGGAAGGAAUUGAAAGAACGAGAGAAAAUGAAGGUGAUUACUCUUAUUUCUGCUGCUGUUUGCGGCCUUUUCUUAAUCUCUUUCCCCCCCCUCUCCUCAAUUUAUUUUAACUCUUCAAAAUGCAUGUACCAGAAUGUUGAGGUUGAGGAGGAGCGUGUGGAUGAACGCUCAGUCGAUGAUCUGUUAUCAUAUAUAAACGGUGCAGAUGGAGAUCCAAAAGGUGGAAGAACUAGUAAGAACAAAAAAAAGAACCGGAGAAGAAAAGACCAAUCAAAGGAAUCUUCUUCAAAUAAUUUAAAUGAGAAUCAUAACAAGAAGACAAAUUCUUGCCCCUCUGCUUGCCAUAGUGGGGAGGUUAGAGAUAUGGUGGCCUCUCCAAGCAAAACCUCAAGGCAAGAGUCUGGAGCUGCCUCACUUUCGCCUAAGCUUGAAUUUGAUGAUGCUGACAUUGAUGAUGAUUUAGAUCCUGCAAUGAAGGAGGAACUUGACAGGGAAGUGGAGGACUUUGCUCGUAGGCUAAAUUCAGAUUGGCCAGAGAGGAUGCAGGAAAUUCUUUCUUUGGGCCAAGAAAGAAGGCUAGUCCCAUUAUCUAUGAACGGCAAUGGCUCUUUAAGUAGAUAUUCUGGUAAGUUUUUCCUAGGUUUUGAUAAUUUCUCGAUUGGCCUUCCUUUAGGCCUUGCCUCUAUAUAUGUUAUCUUUUCCACAUGGGAUACUGGGGUGGAGGGGUCAGAGAUGCUUGAAUGAUAAGAUUUGAUGCCAAAUUGUGCAGUGGGUUGACAGCACCCAAAUCACCAUGCUGGUUUCCACAUGCGUAACAUUGUAAGAAGAUAGAGUAAUCAUGUUUUUCUUGCUCUAGAUGCUACUAUGGAUUUUUAAAUGGGGCUUGUCUUUUCAUGUAUAAGGGUUCAUUAUCUCCACUGGUUGCAAUAAUACAUUUGAUGAAAUAUUGGAUGUCUGACAGGUUUAGAUCGGAGAUAAUAUGAGGAUAAAAACUUUUUUCUUGCAAGAAUCUCUAGCAACAUGAGUGGUUUGGAGAAGGUUCUGCCUGCAGUUUGCUGCUGUCAGAUGCUAGAAGAAUUGGCACUGUUAUUUUGGUGUGGACUGCAUGUGAGUAUUUUGUCUGUUUGACCGUCACCAAAGUGUAACAUUCUUUCUCGGCAUCGCGAAUGAUGGAAAAGCAUUUAAAAAUGAAAAUAAUAACAGCUCAGAAGAGACAAAUUGAGCACAAUUAGCUCAUUUGUCUGUGUUAUUCUGUUGAUGCAGUUGUUUGCGACUUUCAGCCAUUCUCAUCGGCGAGCUCCUCUACGAUCUGGAAAUUACUGUUUUCGCAAAUUUUGUUUUCCUUGGGGUAUCAUUCAGAUUUCUUUUGCCACAUUUGCUGCAAGGCUUCCAUAUUGUUUGUUCGUGAAGGCCUCUAAUCUAUAGAGAAAGAUUGAGAAUAUUCAAAAUGCAUGAUAGGUUUUUAACUUGUUUUAGAAUGCAUUCUGGAGAGAUUAGUGGAAGAAAUCCUUGAUAGAGAAGGAUUAACACAACUUUGUAACCUCGUUUUGUUAUUCUUUUAUAGAAUUUUGAGGACAUGGAGUUUCUGUUCUGUAGUUUAGCAUGCACAGCAGCUGGGAACAAAAUUAAGGUUGCGACGGUGGAAAUUGCACCGCUCAUCUAUCCUGUUAAGCUUGCAGCUUUUAUUUUUCUUGGGGACUUUUUUUCUUUUUUCUUUUUUCUUUUCUGAUGAAGAGAUAGUCUACAGAUUCUUCUUGGAUCCUUUUGUUUUGCCCCUGAUUCGAUAUGUAUUCGAUAGCGCCUUUUCUGCUUGCUCAUCUUCUGUCCGACAAUUGGCAAAUGUUUGAGAGUUUUACCUCUCAUUGAGGUAAAGACAUAAAGGUCAUGACAAAUUUACCUGCAACUGCUACUAGUGAAGUAUGACAAUUUUCUGACACCAAUCAGACAAUGAAAUUAUGUACAUUUUAUUUUUUAGUUAUCUUUGAUAUGUUCACCAUAUCCACGUUCAUUUUUCAGAUAUUGAGGCAAUUUUUAUUGAAAUUUUAGCAUUGUUAUUUCCAA